GUGGAUAUGACAAAAGUUCGUUUGGAAGUGAUAAAACCUUGGGUCACAGAAAAAAUAACAGCAAUUUUAGGCAUUGAAGAUGACGUUGUCAUAGAAUAUGUGUUCAACCAGCUUGAAGCAGAAAAGCAAGUUAUGCCAAAGGGGGUAUUGGUCCAUUGAGACGGAGGCGCCUCACCUAUGCUCCACCCGCAACCCUAGGAUUCGAUCCUGCCCUCUGCCUGACUGGCCUCAUGUAUAAGUGAGGCUGGUCUGUGAUAGCUACUUCUCCAGGUUCUUUCUAGCAGGGAUUUGAACGGCCUAGUUCAAAUACCUUGCGAGUGAGGACCACCUGGACUGCAUAAUUCUUCUGAUGCUCAGGUUAGCAGCCUGGGACCACACGAGAGGCGCAUACCUACACUCGGCCGAUGCCUGGGUGUGUUUAAUCCUGGGGCCUUCUAAGCCUUGGGAGUUCAUCUGCCAGGAACUAGCCUGGAAUACCCUGAGCUCCUAUGGGUAUUCUGGGAGCACUUCAAAACUUCAAGACAGCCUGGGCUCCCUGCCUGGGCCUAUUUGGAAGACGCUCGGGCAUCCUGCCUGGGCUUAUUUGGAAGACGCUUGGGCAUCCUGCCUUGGUGUAUCUGGAAGAAGCCUGGGCUAACUGAAAGCUGGGAGCUGUGACCCGAACCCUUCGUGGAGCCAGACCGCCAUCACAAUGACUGACGCAAGCAUGGAAGCUGGGAUCACGAAGUAGAUACCUGGCCCAGGCUACAUAGACCUGGGCUACCUCUGGUCCUGCCUGCUUCAUGUCCUCCUCCCUGUCCUGUUGGGGGAAAUUCAUUGAACUGCAAGAGGGAGACUGCUGGGCCAUGUAUGUGCCUGGCGUGAUGUUAUCCUGCUUCAGCCACAGGAGCACGAUUGUUGCAAGCCUCUCCAUAUCAGGUUCUGCUGCUGCUGUCUUCCCACAGGUGGCCUCAGUGUCACAGUUUCAUUAAGAAUCCAGAUCCAAGAAAAAUGCAGAUUAUGUUAACGGGAUUCCUGAAUGGGAAAAAUGCCAGAAUAUUCAUGGGACUAAUGUGGGAUCUCCUGUUGUCAGCCCAAGCAAGUCCUUCUGGAAUUCCCAAACAGUUUCUGGAUCAGAAAAAGGAAGAAUUGAAGAAGAAAAUGGAAGAGGAAGAAAGAGUCCAGAAAAUACAGGAAGCUCGACGUGAAAGGGACAAGGAGAAAGAAAAGGAGAAAGAUAGGGACAAAGAUAGAGAUCGGGAUAGAGACAAAGACAGGGAGAAAGAUCGUCGAGAAAGGAGAAGUCGUAGUAGGGACCGAUCAUCCCGUGGCUCACGUCGAGACAGGUCCCGUUCACCUCGUUCAAAAGAUGAUAAGAAAGAUUCGAAGAAGGAUGCCUCUAGAUGGGAGAAGAAAGAUGAACAAAAGAUCAAGGAAGAGAAGAAAGAAACAAAUGGUGAAGUUUCUGUCAAAGAUAAGCCUUCGGAUGUGAAAUCCCCAAAGCAAGAGCCCAUUUCUCCAAAACCCGACCUUCAGGUAAAGCCGGAGAAGUUGGAAGUGUUGCCAAAGAAGGAGAGAAGUGACAAAAAUGAAAAAGACAGUGGUCACUCUAGGGAGAAGGACAGCGGCCAUUCUCGGGACAAAAAUGACAGGGGCCACUCGAGAGAGAAGGUUGACAGUAGCCAUUCCCGUGACAAGAAGAGCCAUAGAGCGAGGUCCCCCAGAGGGAGGUCCCCGAAAAAGGAUGACGAUAAGAAGCGAAGAGGUUCUCCAAGGAGGAGGUCACAUAGCCCGAGGAAAAGAUCGCGCAGUCCUCGAAGAAGAUCUCACACACCAAGAAAAAGGUCUCCUAGUCCACGUAAACAUUCACCAAGUCCUCGUAAAAGGUCUGGAAGCCCACGUAAAAGGUCACCCAGCAUCAGAAAGAGGUCGCCCAGCCCUAGGAGACAUUCUCCUGGUGGCCGGAAGCCAUCAGGUGGACACAAGAGACACAAUAGCCCCAGAAAGAGAACUGCCUCCCCCAGACCAAGCAUGAGACGACGGCAAUCGAGGUCCCCCUCUUCCAAUUCUGACUCCUCAAGUAGCUCUUCUGAAAGUCGCAGCCCCCCAAGGAACAAGGAGGAUGACUUUGAAAUUCAUCGCAAGGAAGACUCAGUAUUGAAGAAAAGGCAAUACAGAUCCAAUCGUGAUCCUUCUAGUUCUGACGAUGAGCCUCCACAGCGACCAAUGGAUGGUGGACAUCAUGGUGGGCCGUCAAUGCAUAGGCGAACUCCCCCUCGAGUGAGGCGGUCGCCCUCACCUCAUCGUCGUCCUAGAAGAUCAAUUUCUCCACGUUAUAGGAGAAGGUCACCCAGCCCUAGAGGUAGAAUUUCACCCAACAUCAAGCGCGGGAGAUCACCCAGUCCAAGGAUGAGAAGGUCGCUUAGUCCCAGAGGUCGUAGGUCUCCUAGCCCAAGAAUGCGUAGGUCUCCAAGUCCUCGGGGUCGAAUGUCGCCCAUGAUGCGAGGGAGAGGUUCUCCAGGACAGCGAAUGAGACGAUCCUCUAGUCCCCGUAGAAGACCUAUGAGUCCUCAGAGGUUCAGAGGAUCUCCAACACAUUCGCCAAUGCGUAAAAAACACAGGAGUACAUCAAGAUCCCCUCAUCGUGGUGGUGGUCGACCAGGUAUGCCUCCGACCCCAGAUAAAAAGCACAACAUAAACAAUGCUAGUCGUCUUAUGCUUCUUGCAAAUUACUCUGUGGACACUAUAAAGGAAGCUCAGUAUAACUUGAGUGGAAAGAGUGAGAAUAAUCACCCGGGGUCUGAAAGUGAAGAUUCAGAAUCUGAUGGAGGAAGACCUUCCAGGCGACCUAUGAAAAGGAGAACUCAGUCUCCUUCAGACUCUGAAUCUCCGCACCACAGACGAAGAAUGGAUUCUGGUAGUGAAGAUGAAGGAUCCUCUAGUCGUGAUUCAUCUCCUGUUGAAAAGAAAAAGAAGAAGAAGAAAAAGAAGCACAAGAAGAAGGACUCUAGCAGUGAUUCUGAGCUGUCCGAGAUAGAAAAGAAAAAGAAAAAGAAGAAAAAGGAGAAGAAGAAGCACAAGAAACAAAAGAAACACAAGAAGCAUAAGCAUAGGCAUGAAGAUACUGACAGUGACACGGGCGACAGUGUAGGGGGAGAAGAGCUGGAACGCAAGUUACGAGAGAAAGCGCUUCAGUCUAUGAAGAGGCAAGAACGCUCUUCAGCGGCUUCAGAGUCAGAUUAGGUUUUUGCUGGAUUGCCAAGUCUUUGCAGUCUGGGCGAACUCGUCAACAGUGACUUUUAGUCAUACAACUCAUUUUCUGUAAAGUAGGGAUAUUGGAGAUGAAAGACAAUUACUGUAAGGGUAACCACUGUAUUUUGUUUAGGUUUUGCAGGUUAGUUAAGAGAUAUAACCAGACCAUGGAGUUAGAAUUGACUCAGGUGUUGCAGGUGUACUUUUUUUUUUCUUAUAUACAUAUUUAUGGCCAAUUGAAGCCAUAGAAAACAAUUUACUUGCUGUAAACUGCUUGAUAUUGUACAUAAGGUCUGUACAAAUUUUUAAUGUUUAUAAAUCUUCUCUUGAGAAAUACACAUAACUGCUCUUCCUAACUAGAAGUGAAUAUGAAUUUAGGUAUUUUUAGGGUGUAGCAGUUUGGGCUGCAUAUACAUACAGUUGCUGUAUUCCUUAACCAAAGUUUAUCAAGGCUUUGUUUCUACUUCAGUGCAAGAUGAACUUCCUUUUUUAUAACUUAGCUUUUUUAUUAUUUUUACACAUUGUAGUAGAGCAAGGUAAAAAUCAUUCAAUAUCUACCAGCUAAUUUGUUUUUUUCUGAAAGUGUUAAAUAUCAUUCAAUAUCUACCAUCUAAUUUAUAUUUUCUCUAAAAUUGUAUCAGCUACUUCAGUUCCAAUUUGUGGACGACUGUGUGAAUGGAAAUUAAUUAUGUCAGAAGCAGGUAAAAUAAUAAAAAAAAAAUUGACUAAUGGAUAAAUAUUUCAUUUGGCAUGUAACUACUGUUAGGCAUUAGUUUGGAUGAACUAAAUUUACUAUCCUUCAUCACUUCAUUAAAUCCCAGUAUACCAUAAAUCCAUUAAGGGUUGAGAGAUGAAUUGCCUUACAAAUCUUGUUGAUUGCAAUUAGGUGGUUGUCAUCUAUGGCAAGUGUGAAUGGGACUGAUUAAAAUUAUAUUUUUGUUAUAAAGAUGUUUAUCCUUUGUCACUGAUGAAAAAUUGUUUCAUGUUAAUAAAUGACUAGUGAAAUUUAAA